CACUACCGCGAGUGCUCUGGAGCAGGGCUUGCAACGCCUCUCCCUUACAGCCGCAGAUAAGAAAGCGCAAGAGCUCGGAGCUGGAUCCGCAGCAGCCGCUUCUGCCUCUGCUGCUGCGGGCAGUGCGGGCGGCACUGGUGCUAAUGUCGCUGGGGCUGGUAGCGGUGGUAUCGGUAGUGGUGGUGGUAGUGGUGGUAACGGUGCUGCCGGUGGUAACGGUGCUGGUGGUGGUUCUAGUGGUGCUGCUGGUGAUGGUGCCCUGGCUGUUCCAAACUCGAGUGAGGAAGAGGAGAAGAUUGAAUCCCCCGCGUCUGUGCUCCGUUCUAGAGGCAGUGCUGACGAAAUGGGCCAGUUAAGGGGCAAGGCUGAUGAAACUGGGCCAUCUUGGUGCAAGACUGAGGGAACGGGGCGUUCUAGGGGUGUGACAGAUAGACGCGCGCCCCCGUGUGUAACUUACAACACUCACAGCCCUCACAGUACGCCCAGGAACAAGACGGAUGCGAGCGCUUCCCCCUGCUCGCGGCACUGCAAGCAUGGGAGUGAGAGCGGGAGUUUUACAAGGGUGAAGAGAGAAGGAGAGAGAGAGCAUGGGGGUGUGGAGGCGAGUGAGGGGGCGGAGUACGAGGAGGGGUCGCAGGACGAGUGGCAUCGGGGGUAUCAGUGGCAGCAGCACGCGGGCGAAAUCGAACUGGAAAGAGGAGCCGCGAAAGCUGCGACUGACAGUUACCCAUCGUAUGCGUACGACAACGCCCUUUUCGAACUAGACAGCUCCCGUGUUGGCGGCUUCCCAGGAUCAGAGACGUUCAGCAAAUCCUCGCCAGGCUCAGCCUUCCCUGGAGUAACUCCUGAGGCCUCUUCAGGGUUCACCAUCCCAGGAUCGUCCAUCCCAGGGUCAUCUAACCCAGGUUCUUCCAUGCCACAGUCGUUCGUCCCAGAGUCCCCUAUCCCUGGGUCCACCCCAGGGUCUUUCAACGCUUCUCACUUGCGUUCUUCCGACGGAUCCCUCUGCUCGCACCUGUCCCCGCUGCCCUCCCCUGCCGUGGGUAAGCCACUGGCAUCGGCGGGUAUGAGCAGCGCGGAGCUGGCCUCGCAGCAUCCGCUUCACAGGCCUGUGGGUUCCAUCGUGAGUGGGAGCAGAGCAGAGGUGCUGCGGCUAAGGGGGCAGCUGCGGCGGCGGGACGAGAUGAUUUUUACGAUGCAGGCACGCAUGGGGACGCUGGAGGAGGAGAGAAGGCGCGCGGAGAGGGAGACCGCGAGUGCUGUUGCGGCUGCUGCGGCGGCGAGGGAGGAAGCGGGGGAAGCAAGAGCGCAGCUGCGGGAGAAAGGCGAGUUGAUUGUUUCCCUUCAGGCGAGAAUGGGCGCGUUGGAGGGGGAGAGGAGGCGGGCGGAGGGGGAGCUUGCAAGGGCUGUGGCAGCAGCAGCGGCAGCAGAAGCGGCAAGAGAGGCGGAAAGAGCAAGUGCGGAAGCAGCAGGUGCAGAGCUGCAGAAGCGAGAGGAGUUGAUUGUUUCGUUGCAGGCGAGAUUGGUGAUGCUGGAAGGGGAGAGGCGGCGAGUGGAAGAGGAGGGGACCGCGAGGGUUGGUGCAGGUGCUGCUGUUGCGAGGGCCGAGGCAGCAGCAGCAGCUGAGCUGCAGAAGCGAGAGGAGCUGAUUGUUUCGUUGCAGGCGAGAUUGGUGAUGCUGGAAGGGGAGAGGCGGCGAGCGGAAGAGCGGGAGACUGCGAGUGCUGCGGCUGCUGCAGCUGCAAGGGAGGAAGCGGGCGCGGCUGAGAUUGAGGUUCUGAUGGGGCGAUUGCAGGAGAGGGAGAGGGAAGUGGAGGAGAGUGGGAAGACGACGGAGGAGAGUGAGAGAAGGGCAGAGGAGAGUGAGCGGAGGGCGGAGGAGAGUGUGGGGAGGGCAGUGAUGUGGGAAGAGAGGACGAAGGAGGCGGUUGCUGCACUUGAAGCCAAGGCCAAGGAGUUACAAUCAUCACAGCAAGCUCUAGAAAUAGCACAGCAGGCACUGUCUUCUGCGUUAGAGGAGCUUGCUGUAGUGCGCGCUGCUGCAGCAGCAGCUGAGGCGCGGGCGAACGGGGUAGGGGAGAAGACAAUUGUGGGAGAAACAGGGAAAGAAGGUGCAGCGUUUGUUACCCUCGCUGCAAGUGCUAGUGCUGCUGCUGGUGCUGCUUCUACAGGCAAUUCUUUGGCUCACCAGACUGAUCCUUCUGAAUCUGUACAGCUGACGGAGCAACAGCUGGAGGACAUCCGAGCCUUGCUGGCAGAUUACCGAACCUUGGAGUCCGCUCUGGCGGAGGCUCGGGAGGAGUGCCGAGCCUUGGCGGCAGCUAAGGAGGAGGGGGAACGGGCGAUGGCACAGGCACUGGCGGAGCAUGCAGAGCUGGUGGAGGAGGUGGAGAGAUUGGACGGGGAGAUCAAGAGACUGAGGGAGAGACUUGUGGAGGAUGAGGAGAAGGAGCGGGCAAUGGCACAGGCGCUGGCAGAGCAUGCAGAGAUGGUGGAGGAGGUGGAGAGAAUGGACGGGGAGAUAAAGAGAUUACGGGCAGAGGCGAGGGAGAGGAACGUAGCGGAUGGAGAGGGCUCGGCGCUAGGUCAGUGGAAAAAGGAAUGGGAGCAGGAAAGGGUGGGUGAGAUGACGAGGUUGGACGGGGAAUUGAAGAGACUAAGGAAGGAGUGUGAGGCGUUGGCGGCAGCUAAGGAGGAGGAGGAGCGGGCGAAGGUGCAGGCACAAGCAGAGCAUGCGGAGAUGGCGGAGCAGGUGGAAAGAAUGGGGGCAGAAAUCAAGGGACUGAGAGAGAGACUCGUCGAGGAAGAGGUGAGGGAGCAGGCGAGGGUGCAGGCAGUAGUGGAGUGUGCAGAGAUGGCGGAGGAGGUGGCAAGAAUGCAAGAGGAAAUCAAGAGACUGAGGGAACGACACUUGGAGGAAGAGGCGAGGGAGCAGGCGAGGGAGCGGGUGAGGGCGCAGGCAGUGGCGGAGCAUGCAGAGAUGGCUGAGGAGGUGGAAAGGUUGAGGGCGGAAGUGAAGAGAUUGAGGGAACGGCACUCGGAGGAAGAUGCAAGGGAGCAGGCGAGGGUGCAGGCGUUGGCGGAGCAUGUAGAGAUGGCGGAGGAGGUGGAGAGAAUGCGGGCGGAAAUGAAGAGACUGCAGAAUGAAGAGAGGAGGAGAGAAGCGGAGUUUGGCAGUAGAAGUGAAUGGCAGAGGGGGAGAGAGAAGGCGGAGCAGAGGAGGAAGGAAGAAACGGUGGUUUGUGGAGGUGAAUUGGGGGAUACUCGCAGGGCUGGCUUGGCAUUGGCAAGUGGGAGGAGGAUAGAGGACGAGGGGGGGGAGGAGGCAAUGACUGGAAAACAAGUAGAUCCUUCAACUGAAGCAGGGGUAGCAGUCACAGCAGAAGACAAGGCAGCAGACACAGCAGAAGACAAGGCAGCAGACACAGAAGCAGUGGCAGUGGAAUUGGCUGAGUCAUUUCAUCGAGUUACUGUCACUGAUAGUAACUCCCAUGAGGUUGCUGCUGCAUCAUAUAAUAACUCCGCCGAUAGUAACUCUGCAUUUAACGCAUCUGCUGCUGCUGCAUCUGCUGCUGCUGCUGCUGUGGGAGUAGAGGGCGCAUCAGAUGUCGCAGCAGCAGCGGUCCUGGCGAAGCUGGUCGCUGCUGCCGAACAUGCCCUCUUUUUCCAGGGUAAUUUGCCCAGAAAUACCCCAGGAUUCCCCACCAGUGACACAACUGAAUCCGGAUUCAUUUCUGGAGCUGGGGGAGCAAGGAGCCUUAUAGGGAGAGAGGAGAAGCAAGGGAAAGCAGGCAGCAGGGUAAUGACAGGGUAUUUAAGCCGUCACUCAUCUGGUGGCGCGGAGGGCGAGUUGAGUCCUCUUAAGAGGGUUAGGGAGGAUGACAGUAUCGAGUAUUUACUAGAGAACACCGACUCAAGCAUGGGACGGCACAGGGGGCCUGUGGUGAGAAGAUUAGGGUUUCACGUGGGCAGCAGCAACAGUGGUGGUGAAGGAGGGGUUAUGAGCACGCUCCCUGAUGCUGUAGCAUUGAAGCGCGAUGCCUACAACCUGCGAAAGCAGAUGCGAAUGGCGAAAAAUCUCAACUGCAUCUUCUGCGACAUCGCCAAGGGUGUCACUCGGCCAGGUCGCGAGCCGACCACGCUGCUUUAUAAGGAUGACUUGUUAGUAGCAUUCCCCGAUAUAAGGCCAGCUGCUUACAAGCACAUCCAGGUGAUUCCCAUCGAGCACAUUCCAACAGUGAACGAUCUCACCCCCAGCGAAUCACAUCGGCAACUGGUGGAGAGCAUGGUAACACUGGGUCAGAAGCUCAUGAGAGAACACGCACCCGACGCCAAGGAGUACCACUUUGGCUUCCACCGCCCGCCGUUCAACAGCAUCAACCACCUCCACCUGCACUGCUUCGCUCUCCCCUUCCACUCCUG